AUGAAGACGCUGGGAAUGUUGGUCGCUGUCGCCCUGCUUCUGGGGACAGCAUCAGCGACAUCUCUUAGGGUGGUGUACACCGAAGGAGGCAUGGUGGAGGGGGAGAACAUUCGCCUCGGCUUCCGUCGCCACAUGGACGUCUUCAAGGGAAUUCCCUUCGCCGACAUUCCCGGCAGGUUCGAGAAACCCAAACGUCACCCAGGCUGGGACGGUAUUCUCAAAGCCACUGAGUACAGGAAGAGGUGCCUCCAGCUGACUCUGCUGCAGAAUGACGUCCGUGGUAGUGAGGACUGCCUUUACCUGAAUAUCUGGGUUCCUCACGGUCGACAAGUAUCUGUUAAUCUCCCGGUUAUGGUCUGGAUCUAUGGAGGAGGCUUCCUGGCUGGAGGCUCCAUGGGAGCCAACUUCCUGGACAACUAUCUGUACGACGGACAGGAGAUUGCAGACAGGGGGGAUGUUAUCGUGGUGACCUUGGGAUACCGUGUUGGCACCCUGGGCUUCCUGAGCUCUGGAGAUGCUAGCGGACCGGGAAACUAUGGAUUGUGGGAUCAGCACGCUGCCAUUGCCUGGGUGCACAGGAACAUCCGCUCUUUCGGAGGAGACCCCGACAACGUCACCAUCUUUGGAGAGUCUGCUGGUGCAGCUAGCGUCAGCUUUCAGACUCUCACCCCACAUAACAAAGGAUUAUUCAAGAGAGCCAUCUCCCAGAGCGGGGUUGCUCUCUGUCCCUGGGCUGUCAACAAAAAUCCUCGCAAGUACGCAGAGGAGGUUGCUAGAAAGCUGAACUGCCCGACUGAUGACAAAAUGAUGGCCUGUCUGAAAAUGACAGAUCCUGUUGCACUCACCUUAGCUGGCACCCUCAACAUGAGAGGAUCUCCAGAGUAUCCCGUUGUUAAAAACCUGCUCCUAUCUGCUGUGGUCGAUGGAGACUUCCUCCCCGAUGAGCCCGGUAAGCUGUUCCACAACGCUGCUGAUGUUGACUACAUUGCUGGUGUCAAUGACAUGGAUGGACACCUCUUCACCGGCGUAGAUGUCCCCUCCAUCAACAGGCCCCUGGUGAACACCGCUGUGGAGGACGUUAAAGCGCUCCUCGGCGCCUAUACUGAGGGUAAGGGUACGGCUGGUCUGGACAGUGCGUUCAGCCAGUACACAUCCAGCUGGGGGGCAAAGCCUAGCAAAGAGGCCGUCAAAAGAACGGUGGUGGAGAUUGGUACGGACUACAUCUUCCUUGUUCCUACCCAGGCCGCACUCUACCAGCACGCUGCUAAUGCCAAGUCAGGCCGCACCUACUCAUACCUGCUCUCCGAGCCCAACCGUAUGGCUGGCCUGGGGAGGCCUUACCCGAGCUGGGUAGGAGCUGACCACGCUGAUGACCUGCAGUACGUGUUUGGAAAGCCCUUCACCACCCCGCUGGCAUACUGGCCCCGCCAUCGGGACGUCUCGAGAUACAUGAUUGCCUAUUGGACCAACUUUGCUAAAACCGGAGACCCUAACAAAGGAGGACUGGAUGUACCUUGUACUUGGCCUCAGUUCACCAGUACUGGACACAAGUUUAUUGAGAUCAAUUCCAAGAUGGACAAAAACUACAUCAGGCAGAAAAUGAGGCUACGCUACGUCCAUUUCUGGACCAGCAUCCUGCCCAGCCUCCCCACAGUGAACUCUGAGUUGACGCCAUGUAAUUCCUGACAACCACGUAUUCCCAUCAUGCAAGAGAUUAAGAUUGUAUUAAAUGACUGGAUUU